UUUUUAAUGGUUAUUACAGAAAUAAUGAAUACUCAAUCAAAAUAAUGUUUAACUAACGUACUGCAUUGGAAGGAAAUCAAAACAAGUUUAAACUAGUUUAAGAUGGAGCACAGCGAUGUUUCGUCACUUGAUCACUUGAGAACUUGAGCACUGCAGCAUUUCAGAACUUCAAAUGAUUUUCAAAAUUAUACCGCGGAGGCUGUAUAGGUCCAAAUAUUUACAAGUGGGAGUCACUCUUUGUUUUCUCUUCUUUUGGGCCUCUCAGCUCCUAUAUCACUCAACCAAGGAAUAUUAUUCAUUCAGAGAGUCAAUAAUAAUAAAUAAAUCAUCAUUAAGCACUCCACCCCCUUCUACACCACCCCCUUCUACAACUACCACAGCUGCCCCCAAGCUAAAGGAUGUUGUGUACGACAGUGAAUGGAUUCAUGUACCGUUGUCAAAUGGUAAAUCAGUCUACCAGUACUCAGCAUACCAGGAUAACCGGGUUGGAUAUCCAAUUGUACGAAUUAUUGGAAUUACUCAAUUUAAGUUUAAAGACAAACUUGACUGUAUAAUGGAGGAUGAGCAUGGUUACAGGUUGUCGACAGAAGUAGAUUUAAGACAAAAUAAGGAGCACUGGAAUCUUCCAUGGUCAUCAUUCUUCUUCAACUGUAGAAUAGAAGGAAACUUUAUACCAAAACAGGUUCGGUUGGUGUUACAGGGGGAGGAAAUACAAAAUGGUACAAACUGGACCAAAGUUGUUUCCACUCAUCCAAUAAGAAUUAACGAUGCUCAUGCAUUAAAAAGGAAUUUAUCCGGGUUCUCUGUUUGCGUGAAACCUUUGUACAAUAAUCACGACAGAGCUCUUUGGUUUCUAGAGUUCAUCGAAUUCUAUAGACUACUAGGUGCAACUCAUUUCUUUUUCUACAAUCACACUGUAGGACCACAUGUUUCUAGCAUAAUUAGGCACUAUCAGAAGAAGAAUGUAAUUACACUAUUGCCCUGGAAUCUACCGAUAGAAUCUAAAACUAAAAUCAGGAACGAAGGACAGUUUUCAGCCUUUAAUGAUUGUACAUAUAGAUCUAUGUACAGGUUCAAGUACACUGCAGUUGUGGACGUGGAUGAAUAUUUGAUACCAAAACAAAGUUUAGAUAUUCCAACGAUGUUAGAUAAACUAGAUGGAAAAUCCACAGGUUCAUUCAUCUUUAGAAAUGCCUUCUUUUAUCUAUAUUGGGAAAAUGAUACAUCAUUAGUCAGGCCGGAAGAGGAUUCUAAAUACCUUAUCACAAUGUUUAAAACAAGAAGGAUAGUAAAACUACACAACUACGGAGUCAGAAGCAAAUAUGUAGUAAAAGCGGAUGAUGUUAUAGAGGUUGGAAACCAUAAUAUUUGGCAACAUAUUCCUGGGAGGAGUGCACUCAAGGUUAAAGAAGAAUUUGGAUUAUCUCAUCACUACAGGAUUUGUGAGUUUGGUGGGUUUGCCUGUAAAGAAAAUCCUUCUGUAAUUGAUACUUCAACUCAUAGAUGGAGUGAUAAACUAUUUAAAGCUGUUAAAGAGUCCUGUAAACUUAUAUUUGAUAAUCCUGCUUGUCCUAACCCUCCUCCACUAGGCAACCCUUGGUGAAAUAAUAUAUCUUAAUGAUAAAGAA